CGAUAGUGCACCCAUUGAGCAGGAAGUGUCCAGAUAUGAGAAAAUUGCUAAGCGGAUUGCAGAUAUGGAUAAUGCGCUUUCUGAAAAGAUGGGGGCACUGGAUGAAAAAAUGGAUAACUACUAUUCCGAGUAUAAAAAGUCGGUAAAAAGACUGGAAAGAGAUGUAGGAUCCUUAGAAGAUGAAUUGGAAAAUCUGGACGAAUAUGUAGUGGAAGAUCUGGAUGAAUGUGUGGAUAGGGAAACUGUGGUCGACUUAAUUCAUGAAAUAGUUCCCUCGCUUAUUGGUAAAAAAGGGUCAAGAGGCGCUGUGUUAAGAAAGAGCGAGGAUAUCCCUCAUAAGCAACGAAGUAAGGCACGACCGAGAAAGGUUAAGCAGAUUGUAGUUUGAAGUGGGUCGAGUCAGGCACUUUGCAUAUUUUUUCAGUCAAAGUUAUUAGGUU